AUGCACCCGCUGCCUAGAGUACUUGUUAGUUCACUCUUGCCUCGUCUCACCAACAAAUCCAACACCGUCGGUGCCCUUCUCUCGGUGUUCGAUCUUUCUUUUCCUCGGAUUAGCUCGUUUGUGCCUAGAGAUUCUACUGAGAUCCGCAAGCUCACCCGCCAGAUCUCAACUGAUCAUCCUUCUCACCACCAACCCCCACAAUAUCAAAACGACCAUUUCAGAACCAUGAGCUCUCAUGUCGUAGUCCUGGACUCGACAGCUCGGAGAGCCACUGUCAAGACAACCCCCGGGAAGCAUUUGGCGGAUAUCUUACAAGAAGCGUGCAAAAAACUAGGCGUCAACGCCAGUCAGUAUGGGUUGAAGUAUAAAGGAAAGCAGCUCGAUCUCUCACUGGUAUUUCGCCUCUCCGGACUCAUCUCCGGCGCAAAACUCGAGUUGGUGCAGCUCUCCCGGUCUCCUUCUGUUGUCACCGUAGCUCUACAGCUCCCCGAACCAGAAGCGCGAGGGACUCCGAAUGGACGCAUUCUGGACAAGUUCCCCAGUACGACUACAAUAUGGUUGAUCUUGCGCAAGUUUGAGGCGGGUGUCGCGGGUGCAUCGUCUGCUCGGAAUCUCACAGCUCGAGGCGUCCCUGCCACUGGGGGCAACAAUGGAUCGGGGAGAUUGUUUUAUGAGACUCCAGUGGUGCAAAUAUUGGAACGAGAGCUAUCGACUUUUACCGAUUUGCAAAAGUCGCUGGCGCAGCUAGGGUUCAACAAUGGGAAUGUGCUACUGAGGCUGAGCUUCCGCCGCACAGAAGAACCGCUGGAAGAGGCGAUGGUAAAGAUCCAGGACUACUUCAAAUCUUUUGACGACUCUGCUCCGCCCCAGCAGCACGAAUCGUCCGCUGAACAGACGCAGACAGCUAGGGAGCCAAAUCAACCGGAACAGCGGCCACCAAGUUUUGCGUCCAACGCUACCUCGAAUGCACCCACUCCACCAGACCAACCACCAGAGACUCAACCCCACGUUAUCCCUGCCCCUGUCGAGUCAUCCGAGUUGCCAACUAUUUCCUCACGCUCCGUCACUGUUUUUGCGCCGCCGUCUAGCAGUACACCCCAGUCGGCGCAAACCUCGUAUAAUGAAAGCGACUACGUGCCGUCGGUGGAUCACGCACAAGCGCAUCAGCGUCGACUCAACAUGGCUUCCCGAAACACACGACUCCCAUCGGACGCAGAGAUCGCCGCCAAGGCUGCAGCCGAGGAGGAGAAACUAGCAGCGGUCCAAGGCGUAGAUGUGAAGGUUCGUCUUCCCGAUCAGAGCCAGAUCGUGGCCAAGUUCAACCAGGGAGACACAGGCAAGACCAUCUACGACUUCGUGCGGAACUGUCUUGCUGAGCCAUUUGCCGGAGAGAAAUUCAUCAUCACCCACCUUCCUACAGGUACCCCUGCUUCUAGCGGGAGGAAGAUCCAAAGCGAAGUCCCAGACUCCGAUAAGAUUCUCUUGAUCAAAGACCUUGGCAUGGUCGGCCGAGUCCUUGUCACCUUCACCUGGGAUGCCAGCGCCUCCCUGGCCGCUCGGCAGAGUCGAACAGAGCUCUUGAAACCGGAACUUCGAACCAAAGCACAGGAGCUCAAAGUCGAACAGCCUCCCGAAGUGAUGGACACAUCCGAAGACGCGGCCGUACCCAAGUCAGGCACGGAUCGCCAGUCAGGGGAGAAAUCUGGUGCGCGCAAAGGAGGACUACCAAAGUGGUUAAAACUCCCUGGGAAGAAAUAG